CGCAUCGCUCUGCAUCAGUCAGUCACGGUGGCGAUGUACAGCUGGGGUGAGGGCGCGCGCGGGCAGCUCGCGCAGCACCUGCAGGGCGACGACGGAGGUGCGCUGCUGCUGGAACCCCGAGCAGCGGCUCUCAGUCUCGGCCCCGCGCAGGUGCUCCAGCAGGUGGCCUGCGGGCAAGAGCACACCGUGGUCCUGGACGCGGACGGGAAAGUGUGGACGUGCGGAUGGAAUUCGGCGGGACAGCUGGGAAGAAGGAAGGACAAGGACAGGACAGCACCCGCUGUGGUGAAGGGCCUGGGUGGUGUUGUGGGCGUGGCCUGUGGGCAGGAACAUUGCCUGGCUCUCUGUGAGUCAGGACAGGUGUUCGCCUGGGGGCGGAGCAGCGAAGGACAGCUGGGAAUUGGAAACACUGAGAACCACAUCACCAAGCCAAGAGAGGUUUCCACACCCCGUCUGCAAUGUAUGCCAAUACCAAUAGUUCAAGUUGCAUGUGGAAAUCAGCACUCCUUGGCCCUCACUGUAGGGGGUGAUGUGUACUCCUGGGGUGUGAAUAGAUUUGGACAGCUAGGCCACCCCAAGGAGGUCUCCACUCUGGCCAUUCCCUCUCGGAUCCAGUCUCUCACCGGAGUGCCGGUGACGCAGAUUUGUGCAGGAGGGGAGCACAGCCUGGUCCUCGGCCUCUCUGGGCUGGUCUACUGCUGCGGAGCCAACGGUUCCGGACAGUUGGGCCUCAACAGAGUGGACGAGAAAGGCAGGUUCAACGUGUGUGUGGUGCCCGCUCUGAGAGAGCUCAGCAUUUCCUCCAUAAGCUGUGGAGAGGCCCACACUGCGGUUCUCACUCAGGACGGCAGUGUGUUCACCUUUGGGGAGGGAAGCUACGGGCAGCUUGGACACAACUCCACUGCGAAUGAACUGAGGCCCAGGAGGGUGGAAAGUUUAGAAGGGCAAGCAGCACAGAUUGCAUGUGGCAGCCACCACACGCUGGUCCUCAUGUCCUCUGGACUCCUCCUGGCCUUUGGCAGUGGGCUGAAGGGACAGCUGGGUAACGGUGACACGGACGGGCGUCUGGUGCCAUCCCCGGUGCGGGCCACAUGGAGACAUGAAGGUGCAGCUGGACACUCUGGAAUGAAAAUAUCAUCAGGGUGGAAUACAAAUUUCAUUUACUCCGUACCAGCUGAGACUGUUAGAGAAAAGGCAAAAAUAUGCAAAAUUGAUAAAGAAAAACUACAAACAUGGAUUACGCUGGAUCCUAAUAAUGAAGAUAUUGAAGAAAUUAAGAGGGAAGUUGCCCUGAUCUUUUCAUCAAGUUCAAGUCUUGUGGCUAGUUUUAUGAGGUGUAGUGCUAGUGAAUCAACGUCUGAUGAAAAUCCAGACCCCGUUCGCGUCGACCUGAAUGCUGCCAGGCAGAUUUUUCAACAGCUUCAAGAGAUACCGUGGCUCAACCAGCAGAUUUCUGUUCAGUCCCUGGUGAAAAGCGUUUUCUUGGCCUCCCAAACCAUGAUAUCAGUGGACAUCUUCCUGGUAUUACCUGAGUGCCACUUGUUCCAUGAAGACCAGAACAUUGUUAAACUUGUCCUACCACUUGCCAGAGCCAUUCUUCAACUGCCUGAUUCCUCAAUGAAACAUCUUAAGGAACAGUGGUCCUUACUGAAGCUGGACAUAGUGAUAAAGCACAUCCACAUGUGGAAACAAGCUCUUUCCUACAUUCUGAGGAGUGGAUUGCUGAACACAUUGAACACGCCGGCAAAAGAAGUACUUGGAGUUUUAAAGCAUCUGUACGAAAGCUCUGUUUCACAGAUAAGGGAAAGAGCUGCAGAUGCAGUGCCUGCCGACGCAUUCUACAUUGAGGAUGUUUGUUCUUCUGACUUUCUUUUGGAGGAUGCAGGACUUUGGUAUGACCUGAAACAAACUGAGGAUACAGAGAAAACUCCUGUCAUUUUUUGCCGUUUUCCCUUCACACUGGAUUUGCAGAGUAAACUACAUGUUUUUAACUAUGUGAUGAACAUACCAAAGUUGAUGUACCGGAGUAACUAUCAGGCGCAAAUGUUUUGGCUGAUGAAUGGUGUGGAGCCCUUAACUGAUCCAGCGUUCCAACUCUGUGUGAGACGUUCUGAACUGGUGAAGGAUACCUUCAGACAACUGAAAAGUGCUGAACCUGAAAAUUUUGCAAAGGAUCUUGUGGUUCGCUUUAUCGGGGACUUUGAGCAGCCGUUUGUGAACAAAAAAGAUUUUUUCCUCCACAUCUUUGAGUGCCUGUUUGCGCCCGACUUUGACAUGUUCAUGCAGAAUGAUUCGGGAACUUUGCUUUGGUUCCCUGUCAAGCGCAAGAUGUCCAGGAAGAAGUACUUCCUCUUUGGGGUCCUAUGUGGACUCGCUUUGUACAAUAACACCAUGGUGUACCUGCCGUUCCCCUUGGCCCUGUUCAAGAAGCUGCUCAACUUAAAGCCCACGCUGGAGGACCUGAAAGAGCUCAGCCCUGUGGUUGGAAAGAGCUUGCAGUACCUUCUGGACUACAGCGAUGAUGACGUUGAAAACAUGGAUAUGUGCUACUCUGUUGUUUGGAAUGAUGUAGAAGUGGAACUUGACCCUGAUGAAAAAGGAAAACUUGUCACAAGUAAUAACAAGCACGACUUUGUCAAUGUCUAUGUGGAUUACGUUCUGAACAAGUCUGCGGAGAAACUCUUUGAAGAGUUCAGAAAAGGCUUUUUCACUGUGUGUGACAUGGUCUCGGUGAAGCUCUUCCAGCCAAAAGAGCUGAUGGAAGUCAUGAUGGGGAACGAGGACUAUGACUGGGACAGACUGAGACAGAACACAACAUAUGAAGGGAAAUACCACCAAAGACAUCCCAACAUCAUCAGAUUCUGGGAGGUGUUUAAUGACCUGACAGAAGAUCAGAAAAAGGCUUUUCUCUUGUUUGUGACAGGGAGUGCUCGAGUCCCAGUUCUGGGGAUGGACCACAUAAAGAUGAGGGUGGUAUCCCUUCCUACAUUCACCAAGCAGCACUAUCCAGAGGCCAUUACCUGUCAUACCAUUCUUCAUCUGCCCGUUUACCGAAGCAAGGAGCUUUUCAAAGCCAAGCUUACUGAGGCCAUCAGCCACAACAGAGGCUUCUGGAAGGAUUGAGGACCCACUCUGAUAAUUGCAUGGUGUCAACCCUGUCCUAUUGGGGCACUGUUCCCCAAUAGAGGCUUUCCGUGUGCCCUGGUUCAGUAGACAGCAAAUUAGUGAUUUAUGGAGCAAACAUGCAUGUAUGCUGUGUAGCAUUAUUGGAGCACAUGAUUAUUUUUGUGAGUCAUUCUUUUGCACAU